UUUGACAGAGAGAGAUCACAAGUAGGCAGAAAGGCAGGUAGAGAGAGAAGAGGGAGGAAGCAGGCUCCCUGCCAAGCACAGAGCCCAAUGUGGGGCUUGAUCUCAGGACCCUGAGAUCAUGACCUGAGCCGAAGGCAGAGGCUUUAACCCACUGAGCCACCCAGGCGCCCCCAGCUUCCUUCUUGAAGGCUGCACUCCUGAGCCACUCACCGUUUUAGCGCAGACUGGGUUCCUACUCACAGUGCAAUGCCUCUGACCUGUGGGGCCUAUGACUCUGCAUCAUCAGGAAGACCACAGCUUUAGUACCGAAGACAUCUCAGGACAGCUGACAUUCAAGGAUGUGGCCAUAGAAUUCUCUCAGGAGGAGUGGGGGCACCUGACCCACACUCAGCGGCAACUGUACAGGGAUGUGAUGUUGGAGAACUAUGGACACCUCUGCUUCUUGGGUCUCACUGUGUCAAAGCCGGACCUGAUCACUUUUUUUGGAGCAAAAGAAGCAGCUCUGGGAUGUGAAGAGAAAGGAGACCGUAGGCUUCCAUCCAGAGAUACAGGAAAUUGAUUGGUGCUACACUAUGACCAUACCACAGAAUUAUCUAUUAGACUCUGCUCAGUACAUUGUGUGCCAUGUUGUGUGUCCAUGGAGAAAUGAAGUCCUGAUGACUCCUUCUCAGCCAUAAAGGCCUUUAUGUGGCCUUGCGAGCUUACUCAACAUCACCGAGUUCAUACUGGAGAGAAACCUUACCAAUGUCAAGAGUGUGGCAAGGCCUUUAUGCACCCUGCAGACCUUAUUCAACAUCACAGACUUCAUACAGGACAGAAACCUUACUAAUGUCGUGAAUGUGGCAAGACCUUUAACCAGAGCUCAGUGCUUACCCAACAUUACAGAAUUCAUACUGGAGAGAAACCUUACCAAUGUCAAGAAUGUGACAAGGCCUUUAAGCAGAGGGCUUCAGGGCUUCUUAAGCAUCACCGAGUUCAUACUGGGGAGAAUCCUUACAAAUGUAAACAGUGUGGCAAGGCCUUUAAGAUACCCUCAGAUAUUAUUAAAUAUCACCGAAUUCACACUGGAGAAAAACCUUACAAAUAUAAUGACUGUGGAAAGGCCUUUAUGUGGGUCACAUCCCUUACUAAACAUCACUGAAUUCACCCUGGAGAGAAGCCUUACCAAUGUAACAAAUGUGGCAAGGCCUUUCAUGACAGCUCAAGACUUACUGCACAUCACCGAAUUCAUACUGGAGAGAAACCUUACAAAUGUGAAGAAUGUGGCAAGACCUUUAUGUGGCCCUCAAACCUUACUCGACAUCACCAAAUUCAUAAGUGGAGAGUAAUCUACAGCCCUAAUGUAUGUGUGAAAACAUCUAUGGCCUUUUCUUCAUUGACUUCAUGUCAGCAAUUUUAUAUAGGAGAGUAACUUUACACAGAAUGUGCCUGACCUCUCACUGGAACUCCCAACUUAUUUCAAGUCAUAGUUACCAUGUAGCAGAAGAACUCUAAAAUGUAAAGAAAGUGGACAAGACAUGCCUUUUCUGGAAUUCAGUAUUUACUCAAUAUCACAAAAUGCUUACUAGAUUCAAACCCUUGGAACUAAUGAAUGUGGAAAGACCUUCAUUUUAAUACACACUGGAGCAAACACCAGAGAGUGCAUUAAAUAAAGUAAAUUUAAAGACAUAAAUAUUUAGAUGACUUUCUAAUUUAACUCAGGUGCCAAUAAAUGUAACGAAUGAAGGAACUCAAUUCAGACAUUACUCUGAAAAUAGUUAUUACAGCGGCACCUGGGUGGCUCAGUGAAUUAAACCCUCUGCCUUUGGCUUAGGUCAUGAUCCCAGGGUCCUGGGAUUGAGCCCCACAUGAGCUCUCUGCUCAGCCUGUUUCCUCCUCUCUCUCUGCCUGCCUCUCUGCCUUCUUGUGAUCUGUCUGUCAAAUAAAUAAAAUCUUAAAAAAAAAAAAAGAAAAUAGUUAUUACAAGGAAAAAUCAAACACUCAGAAAAGGUACAUACUAUUCUGUUUCAACAGAUUUAAUAGAUAGGCUUUUACAUGUGUUUAAUUUCAAUAUAUUUUUUAACAUUUUUUACAUUGACCUUAUUUGAGAUUUGUGACAAACAAUUUUAUUUUACUCUGAAAUCUCUACCGAAAAUCCCUUUAUCCCUACUGAGUCGGGAAGAUCGUGUGGCUGAUUGUUGCUCCAUUAAAGAUACUAGAUGCCCUGCUACAUUAAGUGGGGCGCACACAGGCCUAAUUUUCCACAGAAGAUGUAAGCCCAUAUAAUAUACAACAUAUGAGGAAAAUCACAGUGGAGAUGCUUAUGGUUACAACAUUGAUGUAUGUUACUAUGAAGUAGGUGUUCAGAACACAUACUACUCCAUGUUUUAAAGUAAAGAACUUCCUCAAUAUUAGAAAUAAGUUUUACUAAUUGUUCUUUAAGAAAACGGAGGUGGCAGGCAGUAUGCUACCGAUGUGUCUUUGUAAGCAAAAUCAUUAAAGUAUGACUUGAUGUGGUUAAAUGAGGAAAUCCUGACAGAUGACUGAAGGAGGGUAGCUACUCUUCCCUACAGUGUCAUACCACUAAACAUACCCAUUUCUUAGGAAUGUACCUCAGUCCUGAAAUUUUGGGAAAUAGGUACUCCACAUCCUUCCGACAACACUUGAAUGGUUUUGCACACGUGUAUUCUGUAUUUCGAACAGUGAUGAUAGACUGGAUUUGAAAUGCAUAACUUACUGUAUAUGUAAACAGUAUAUUUUCAUUAAUAAAACCUAGUGGUUUUUCGUGUA